AUGCCGGACGCUGAGAAGAUGGACAGCCAGCUAAUGCCAAAUGGAAGUGGCACGCAUGGAGCAGAGUUCUGUGAGCAUUGUGUUAGUAUUAAAUCCAACCCGAUCGGACCCGCCAGAAGCAGCGGUGAACUCAGCCCUGCAGUGCUUUGCCUGUUCUAUGCUAUUUCAUGCCAGAGUAAUUUAACUGCUGUUAGGCUGCAGACAGACCGUCAUGCAGCUCUCCGUGCUGGUGCAGGAGGUCACCAUCCCCGCUGCUCGCCGGCGAGGCCGGUGAUGCAAGGUCAGUGCUGUUGGCUGUCGCGGGUGGUGCAGCGGCCUCGUGCCCUGCUCCUUCCCGCAUCAGAUGUAGGCGGCGUGGAGCUGGGCAGGCCUUUGAGUGUUGUCCGACGGCACAUCAAGAUGGCAAAGCAAAAGCAUAAGAAUUCAAAUGCACGGGAAGAAGAGGAGGUGGAGGAAGAUGAUAAGGAAGAGAUGACAGACUUGAACACAAUCUGCUCUGAAAGCACUUUUGAAAUGGAAAACCUAGAGGUGCUUGGGGGUGGUGGACGGCUGACCCCAGCGGGUGAAAGCAGCAGGCUCCCCCCGUCUGAAAAAAGUUGGGUGGAGCUGGAUGGCUGCCAUACUGUGACCUGCACAUUGACAGUCUCGCUAGCUGUCCCUGCUCUGCCUUCAGGACAAAAGCAGAAGAAAUCCAAUCCACGUGAUAUGCAAGGAAAGAGAAUUCAAGUUGAUGAAUCGGGAGCUAUUCCAAGAACGCACCGUUGCUAUCACAUUGAGUACUUCCUUCUACCAGAUGACCUCGUACCUAGAAAACUGGAUUUGGUGGUGUUUGGGGUGGUUGCAAAGUUAUUUACAGAAUCUGAUUCCAAGGCUAUUACACCAUGGUUUGAAAAUGACAAGAUGUGGAUAUCGUGGAACCAUAGUGUUGAUAUUGGUGUAACUAAUGAAUAUCUAAUAAAACUAAGAGAUCACAAAAUAAUUUUAAAAAUCUGGGAUACCAAGGACAAAGUUUCCUCAAAAGCGAAGCUUAGUAAACCAAACGUUAUUUCUUCACUAGAAGGGGAUGCAGAGGCUGUUGAUGGGGUAAAAUACGCAGUGCUAUUGCAAAGAAAAUUCUUUGAAGAGAGUCAACCAGCACCCAGCUGUACAAAAAUCAAAGCAGCAAAGGAAUCCAAGGCACAGGAGGAGUCUUCAGCCCUUCCUGUUGAAGCAGAAGAAACUGAUCUGAAUGGACUAGUAACACCUAAUUGCGGUUUGCCACAUCCAUCAAGGGCAGAUGACUUAUGUACAGUGAGAAGUGUGAUAUUUGCAAAAAACAGAUUUCUAGAUAAGGCCCAACUUCUGAAGCCGAAAGCAGUUGCUGGUCCCCCAGUUAAUUCAACUUCAAAAGAAACUGAGAAAACAAAUGAUAAUGCGGGAAUUCUGACAUGUGAAGCAGACGAAACAGCCACCACUAAUGGAGAAAAAUCAGUGAUCAGUCGUCUGGCAGCAAACAAUCCUAAAGUUUUAGAUGCUUAUGUGACUUUCACUGUGGAAACACCUCUUCUGUCUGAAAGACAGAGACAUGAAUUGAAUCCGCUGAUUAUAAGGAUUAAUUCAGCUACCUGCCUCCCAAACACACCUGUACCGAUAGAAGUGCUGCAGCGAUUGUGUGUUCCCACCUACUGCAAAUACAAAUUUCACAACUUCCCACCUCAUCGAACUCAUGGACAAAUCCAUGGAACUCAUGUCUACUUUAAGGAUGUUAAUGUACUUCUAACAGGGACGAUGAAACCUGGGGAAUUGCAGAGGUAUCUUAGAGGUCCGCCUUUGGAGAUUGAAGUUCAUGACCGGGAUAGAAACAUGGAAAACAACACAAAAGAGCCAUGUUUGUUUGGGGAGGAUGAAGCUGAUGAAAACGUGGGUAAGGUGAGCUUCCUUGCUUGCAAAUCCACAAUCUGUAAUUUGUUUACAAAGAACAAAGUGUGGCAUCCGCAUGGGGUAGCUAAAGUCAGUCUAACUGAUUUAUUGUUGGGUAAAAAGUACUUGACUAUCAGUGCUCCCAUCCAUAACUGUUCAGCUCCAAAUACAGCUGCUUUCAGUGAGGAGGAUAAAAAUGAGAAUGUAACAGAAUUAGUGAGUAGUUCUUCCCUGCUACCUAUGGGACAUUACCUAGAAUCAGACUCGCUUUUGAAAGUAAGAGUGGAAAUAGCUGUGCCGUUGGGAAUGCAUGCAGAAAUUGCUGAUGCUCAAGUCACAAAUUGCCUAUAUGGUUGUAUAAUCUACAUUUUUGACUACAAUAAUUCAUCGUUAUUACGUGAUUUGGUGGAAGAGAUUACAGAAAUCAAUGCUAAAGCCCUCCAGCUGGACUGCUAUCCUGUACACUUAAUCGGAAUGGCUCUUGCUGCAUUAAAACUGAAAACGACACUUGAGAAAGUUUCAGAGUUGGAUAUUGUUACUGGUUUUCACUUACUGGAUGGAGCAACUCAUCUCUUUGUCUUGGAGGGAUUGAAAGACAAAGCAAUCAAGAAACUAUGGGAUAAACACUUUGAAAGGUCUUACAGACAUGAAGAUGGACAACUGGAAAUACUAUAUAAUUCACAACUGGCUUUCCAUCAACGCCUGUAUGCAGACCUAGAAGCUGUCUUUUAUCAUUUCCGCCUCUGUAAGCCCCUCUUCACUAUAACAAAACAGCCUCUGCUUUAUGUCAGAGGUAUGGUUCCUUGGGCUUGUUUCCAAGCCUUGUCCAGGCUCAGUUACCUCUGUCGCAGUAAGAGGUUGAGGGAUGUAAUUCAUGGGGAUCUGCUGCCCUCAGCAGAGAUGAUCACAGCCUUGAGUCACCGGUAUGGAGUUCCCCUAACUGAUGAGGAUCUCUUCGUUCAGAAACCUCCUUUACUCUCGGUUUCCUCUGAUGAUUAUACAGUACCAGGAAAAGUUAGCAGAGUGAAACAGGCAGUAUAUUCUUCAUUAGAUAACUACAAUGAAAUGUGUGUGCAGCGGAAGAAAGAAAUAGCAGACAAAAAGUCUUUUGAGAGAAACCAUAUUGGGGCUAACAUUGGUGCUGUAUGCCAACUCAAAGGAAAGAUGAAAAAGCCAAAGUUUGAAGCUUUCAGGAUUUCUCCUGUUGAUGGCAAAUCUGUCUUUAACUACAGCUCUCAAAGCCUGAAUUCUGCAGAACUUGCAAAGAAGCAUCUUCGCCAGGAAAUGGCAAAGGUACCAAAGAACAGAUUCACUUAUUGUCAUGAGUAUCUGUCAGCCACAUUUGACCCAGUGGAUGUGGUUGCUGCCUGUAAGGAAUCCUUUGCAAAAUCCAAGAGUAUGUGGCUGUCACCAGAUGGAUUUGUAUUUCCUGGAUUUAAGAGCAGCAUUGAAAGCAACCUGCACCCUCGGAUGCCUGAUGAGGCACGUCUGGAGGAGUUAAGUGAGAAAUGGCAGGAGAAUGCUCUGCAUGCUAACAUGGAGCCAGUGCUGUCACGAGACAGAUGGAGCUGGGACAAACGGCACAUUGAUUUUGAUCUUUACAAGAAGCCACCUGAGCUCUUCAUGACAACAGCCCCACAGACUGAUGCUGAGCAGACGUUGCAAACCAUGUUUGAUGAUACCAAGCUGAAAGCUCAUCGGCGCUCCACAGCACCUGAGUUAUCCACACGUGGGCCAAGAGCCACGUUUCAGCUACAGAAGCUCCAAGGACUUCUGAAAGAUGAACCUCUGAAAUUCUCACUCAGGAAGGCAGGACCAAUUUUGAAGCCUAUCCCAGCCCUGUCAGUGUUGGACAACCAGCCCUGCGACACCACUUCGGAUGCCCUCCUGGGAAAAAAGAUGAACACCACCAGUGGCUUUGUACCAGCUCCUGACGACCAGCGCAGCUUGAAGUGGAGCAAGAAUGUUAUCCCCGGCACAACAGAGAGCAUGAGAAGUUUGAAAAACUCCAAGGCGCAGCUGUCAAGUUACUUUGCUAUGAACAUUCCUUUGUUCGUGAGAGAGAACAAUCUGCAAGAGGAGGAUGCGCCACCAUCCUCACACACCAGGAACACCCUCUCCAGAAUGAUACGCUGGAGCGAAGUUAUCCUGGAUACAGAGAUACUCAAAACUCGCCUGGACAAGGCAAUGACGAUUGUCGUUGGCGCUGCUGUCCGCAGUGCGCUGGACCUCCGGAGGUCCCUUGCAAACUGCAUUGUUCUGAUUCUGCAAGUCUUUCAGUGCUUCUCUCAAGUUACAGCUAGUUACAUUUGGUAA